CCGCAUCCCCUCACCACAAAAACACACUACACUCUCCUCUGUUGUCAGAGAAUGGCUCACUCUCAUAUGAUUUCUCUUUCCUCGUACGUUCUUCUCUUGUUCCUCGGCUGUUUGGCUCAACUAGGGAGACCAGAGCCAAGGCUCGGGGGUAAAACUCAGUGCAAUAUUCAGAAGCUUAAUGCACAAGAACCAUCCUUCAGGUUCCCAUCAGAGGCUGGUUUAACUGAAUUCUGGGAUUCUAAUAAUCCAGAAUUUGGGUGCGCUGGUGUGGAAUUUGAGCGUAACACUGUCCAACCUAAGGGCCUUCGUUUGCCUCAUUACUCUAACGUGCCGAAAUUCGUCUACGUUGUCGAAGGUACCGGUGUUCAAGGCACUGUGAUCCCUGGUUGUGCUGAAACAUUUGAAUCCCAGGGCGAAUCAUUUUCGGGUGGUCAGGAACAGCCGGGCAAAGGGCAAGAAGGUUCCAAAGGUGGUCAGGAAGGGCAAAGGCAAAGGUUUCCAGACCGCCAUCAGAAGCUCAGAAGGUUCCAAAAAGGAGAUGUCCUUAUAUUGCUUCCUGGUUUCACUCAGUGGACAUAUAAUGAUGGAGAUGUUCCGCUUGUCACUGUCGCACUUCUUGAUGUUGCCAAUGAGGCUAAUCAGCUUGAUUUGCAGUCCAGGAAAUUUUUCCUAGCCGGAAACCCGCAACAGGGUGGUGGAAAGGAAGGCCAUCAAGGCCAGCAGCAGCAGCAUAGAAACAUCUUCUCAGGAUUUGAUGACCAACUUUUGGCUGAUGCUUUCAAUGUUGACCUCAAAAUAAUACAGAAAUUGAAGGGUCCGAAAGAUAAAAGGGGUAGCACAGUCCGAGCUGAAAAACUUCAACUGUUCCUGCCUGAAUAUAGUGAGCAAGAGCAACAACCCCAACAACAGCAGGAGCAGCAACAACAGGGUGUUGGAAGAGGAUGGAGAUCCAAUGGACUUGAGGAAACUUUGUGCACGGUGAAGCUUAGUGAAAACAUUGGCCUCCCCCAAGAGGCUGAUGUAUUCAAUCCUCGUGCUGGCCGCAUUACCACUGUUAAUAGCCAAAAGAUUCCUAUCCUCAGCAGCCUCCAACUUAGUGCAGAAAGAGGAUUCCUCUACAGCAAUGCCAUUUUUGCACCACACUGGAAUAUCAAUGCACAUAGUGCCCUGUAUGUGAUUAGAGGAAAUGCAAGAAUUCAGGUGGUGGAUCACAAAGGAAACAAAGUUUUUGACGAUGAAGUAAAACAGGGUCAGCUAAUAAUUGUGCCACAAUACUUUGCUGUGAUCAAGAAAGCUGGAAACGAAGGAUUUGAGUACGUUGCAUUCAAGACGAACGACAAUGCCAUGAUUAACCCACUCGUUGGAAGACUUUCGGCAUUGCGAGCAAUUCCUGAGGAAGUUUUGAGGAGCUCUUUCCAAAUUUCCAGCGAGGAAGCUGAGGAAUUGAAGUAUGGAAGACAGGAGGCUUUGCUUUUGAGUGAGCAGUCUCAGCAGGGAAAAAGGGAAGUUGCUUGAGCUAAUUAUGUAAAAAUAAUCGUAUAUUAGUCCAUGCAUAGUCUACCAACUAUAUGUGUGAAUCUAAUUCCAAAAUAAAAUGGUCAAUGGAUGUAAAGACAUGGCAAUCCAAGCCUUACUACUGGCGUUGAUUGCGAGAAGUUUGAUGUUUGGUGACCAUGAGUCAAUAAUAAACUAUGAUAAUUAAUGUAAAAUUUUCCCAUUCAGUUCUUGUUC